UGACCUUCGGGGGUCACAGUCGCCAUAUCGUUUGCAGACAGCUACAAGGUCAUUUUGCCGUCUUCACCAGCUUAAUCUCCAAGAUGUCCAUCACUAAGGUCCAUGCUCGCCAGAUCUUUGACAGUCGUGGCAACCCCACAGUGGAGGUAGAUGUCACCACUAGCCAUGGCCUGUUCAGGGCAGCAGUGCCCAGUGGAGCGUCAACUGGUGUCCAUGAAGCUUUGGAACUGCGUGAUAAAGACCCAAAACAAUACCAUGGAAAAGGUGUAAGCAAAGCUGUGAACAAUGUUAACAGCAUCAUUGCUCCUGCUCUGAUUGCUAAGAACCUUGAUGUCACCAACCAGACAGAGGUGGACAAGUUUAUGAUGGAACUGGAUGGCACAGAUAAUAAAUCCAAGCUCGGCGCUAAUGCCAUCCUAGGUGUUUCUCUGGCUGUGUGCAAGGCAGGUGCAGCAAAAAAGGGCGUUCCCUUGUACCGUCAUCUUGCUGAUCUUGCGGGAAACAAGAAUGUUAUCCUUCCAGUCCCAGCAUUCAAUGUCAUUAAUGGCGGAAGUCACGCUGGUAACAACCUGGCCAUGCAGGAGUUUAUGCUGCUGCCUUCAGGUGCUUCCAGCUUCUCUGAGGCUUUGCGUAUGGGCAGUGAGAUCUACCAUCACCUCAAGAGUGUCAUUAAGAAGAAGUAUGGACAAGAUGCUUGCAAUGUUGGUGACGAGGGUGGCUUUGCACCAAACAUCCAAGAUAACAAAGAAGGUCUGGAGCUCCUGAAGACGGCCAUUGAGCUGGCUGGUUACACUGGCAAGGUGGUCAUCGGCAUGGAUGUGGCCGCCUCCGAGUUCUACAAGGAUGGGAAGUAUGAUCUGGACUUCAAGAACCCCAACUCUGACAAGAGCAAGUGGCUGACUUCGGACCAGCUCAACGCCCUGUACACAGAUUUCACCACCAACUAUCCCAUUGAAUCCAUCGAGGACGCCUUUGAUCAGGACGACUGGGCAGCCUGGGCCAAAAUGAACGCUGGCACCAACAUCCAGCUUGUUGGAGAUGAUCUGUUGGUGACUAACCCCAAGCGUAUUAAGAAAGCCAUUGAGGACAAGGCUUGUAACGCUCUAUUACUGAAGGUCAAUCAGAUUGGGUCGGUCACAGAGUCCAUUGAGGCUUGUAAGAUGUCCCAGGCUAAUGGUUGGGGUGUCAUGGUGUCACAUCGCAGCGGAGAAACAGAGGACACUUUCAUCGCUGACCUGGUAGUGGGGCUUUGUGCUGGACAGAUCAAGACUGGUGCCCCAUGCCGCUCAGAGCGCUUGGCCAAGUACAACCAGUUGUUGAGAAUCGAGGAGGAACUUGGCGCCAACGCCAAAUACGCUGGCAGGAGCUACAGAAAACCCAAUGCAUAGGCUUUCUGUAUUGUCAUCAUUGUAACAUACCUGAGAAGGACUUCAAGUACUGUACUAUACUACUAAAGUACAGUAUAUUUACAGUGUAUGAAUGUUAUUAGUAAGAACAAUUUCACUCUCUCUCCACUUGUUAUUAUCAGCUCCUUAACACCCAGUUUCAUUAUAACACAUAGAACAACUUAAUUGAAGAGACAGUGUUAUCUUGAUAUUACUGUUGUUAUCAUUUUGGGUUAAAA